AUGGAAUAUCCCAGUCCAUCAAGUCAGACUAUACUUGACGAACUUAGUCUUCACGCAGAUUCUCCAGAUGAACAAAUUGAUGAUAACAAGGUUCUACUAAGUUCAUAUUUGCUUAAACGGUCAGCAAAAACACACCAGUGGAAGAAGAGAUGGGUGGUGUUGAGAAAUCGUCAGCUAAGCUAUUACAAGGAUUCAAAAGAGCAUAAGGCAUUAAAAGUAAUUGGCAAGUCCAAUUUGUUAUCGUUCAGUAUUAUUCCUGAUAACACGAAGUUCCAUUUUGCCAUUUAUACCAAUAAAAAAGUUCUACAUUUCAAAUCAACUGAUGAAGCAACAUAUUAUAACUGGAUUGGUAUAUUACGACAGUUCUAUGAUGAAAAAAGCCAUACUGACAGUGAGGCUGUUAACCUAAUGAUGCAAGAGCAAAGAUCGAAACAAGCGCAUAGUUUCGGGAGGUCUUCAAAUGAGAUGGAAUACUCAGGGGAUGAACCUCUUUCUUCGGGAGCAUCAGACUCCACCACACCACGUACCCACGGCACACCUGUCAUGAAGUCACUGUCUACGUUUGCAGAUCAUCCUAAUGAAGAUGAUGAGGGUGAACUUAUCCAUAGGGUCACCAAUUUAAAUCUACACGAUUCAAUUAACGAUGAAGAUGAAUACAUUCUUGAACAAGGCUAUUUAUAUAAACUCCGUAAAAGGUACAACCAGUGGCGAAAAUUCUACUUUAUUCUAAGCAAUAGAAGUUUGUAUGUUUACAAACAUCGGGAUGAUAUAAGUCAUGUUCACAAGUUCUUCCCUAUCGACGAUAUAAUAGAUGUCAUAGAACUCGAUCCUGUGUCGAAGACGAAACAAUGGUGUUUUCUUAUAAUUACCCCUUUGAAGCGAAUGAAAUUUUGCGCAUCUGAUGAAGACGAAAUGAUCAAAUGGUUAUCUGUCCUAAAAACAUUAGUUAAAAAGCGAACAACACAAGUGUAA